AAUGGUCCCAGGAUCGCUGGGAGCAGCAGACGGCUCCCGAAAACCCACCCGCUCCAGGCCCAGAGGACUGCACUGUUGCCAGCGCCCGCGCAGACAUGGGGCUAGCCUGCCUGGCUCCCUUCCUCCUGGGGCUGCUGUCCCUGGGCUGCCCCACUUGGGCUGUCCCGCUCCAGACCCACGAGCCAGUCGUCAUCUCCUUCCCUGGGGAGCUGGUCAGUGAGGUGACGGAUGUGGAGCUGGCAAACCGCUACCUCCAGCGUUUUGGCUAUUUCCAAGAGACGGAGAUGGCCGGAGGCGGCAGUCAGGUGACUCUGGCCUCUGCCCUCAAGAAGAUGCAGCGGCAGCUGGGCCUGAAGGAGACGGGGCAGCUGGACCCCCCCACCAUUGAUGCCAUGCGAGCGCCUCGCUGCGGAGUUCCAGACGUUGGCGGCUUCCAGACUUUCCAGGGGGACCUCAAGUGGGACCACACGGACAUCACCUACCAAGUGCUGAACUACUCGCCUGAUCUGGACCCCUCCAUCAUCGAGGACGCCUUCGAAAGGGCCUUCAAGGUGUGGAGCGAUGUGACCCCCCUCACCUUCACGCGCAAGGAGAGCGGGGAGGUCGACAUCGAGAUCCGCUUCGGGACUGGAGAACACGGCGACGGCUACCCCUUUGACGGCAAAGACGGGCUGCUGGCCCACGCCUUCCCCCCGGGCAAAGACCGGUUCAGCGGAGACGCCCACUUCGACGACGACGAGUUCUGGACUCUGGGCACCGGGAUCGUGGUGAAGACCUCCUACGGGAACGCCGACGGGGCCCUCUGCCGCUUCCCCUUUGUCUUCGAGGGCAAGUCCUACUCCACCUGCACCACAGAGGGGCGCUCCGACGGCCGGCCCUGGUGCGCCACCACAGCCAACUUCGACCAGGACAAGCUCUACGGGUUCUGCCCCAGUGAACUGCUCUACACGUACGGAGGGAACAGCGGCGGCGACAAGUGCGUCUUCCCCUUCGUCUUCGACGGUGACUCGUACGACGGCUGCACCACAGAGGGGCGCUCCGACGGCUACCGCUGGUGCGCCACCACCGACAACUUCGACCGCGACAAGAAAUACGGCUUCUGCCCCCGCCGAGACACCGCCGUGCUCGGCGGGAACUCCCCGGGCGAGCUGUGCGUCUUCCCCUUCACCUUCCUGGGCCAGUCGUACAGCGCCUGCACCUCCGAGGGACGCGCCGACGGGAAGCUCUGGUGCGCCACCACCAGCAACUACGACACCGACGCCAAGUGGGGCUUCUGCCCGGACAGAGGGUACAGCCUCUUCCUGGUCGCUGCUCACGAGUUUGGCCACUCACUGGGCUUGGACCACUCCAGUGUGCAGGAGGCCCUGAUGUAUCCCAUGUACAGCUACCUGGCGGAUUUCCACCUGCACUCAGACGACGUGGCCGGCAUCCAGUCCCUCUAUGGUUCCAGGACUGGGCCCAGCCCCCCCACUCAGAGGCCCCCCACUCAAAGCCCAGAGGUCCCCAUCCAAACCACCACGGAGCCUGAUGACACGUCCACCUCAGGCGAGGACAGUGCUGUGACAGAGUUCACCCCCGUGGUACCCACCAGUGAUGCCUGCAAAGUCCACGGCUUUGAUGCAGUGACUGAGAUCAAGAAGGAACUGUACCUCUUCAAGGACGGGCAAUACUGGACGAAGCCCGCAGCAGGAACUGGGCCGAUCCAAGGCCCUCUGCGGAUCCGGGACACUUGGCCAGCCCUCCCCAAUGUGAUUGAUGCGGCCUUCCAGGACAAGCUGACCAAGAAGCUCUUCUUCUUCUCCGGCCAGCGCUUCUGGGUGUACCAGGGGGCAAGAGUUUUGGGCCCACGGAGCAUCGAGAAGCUGGGCAUUGGCAGAGACGUGCCGAGAAUCUUUGGGGCUCUGCAGCGAGGCCGUGGCAAAGUCCAUCUCUUCAGUGGAGACAAGUUCUGGAGGCUGGACAUCAAAGCUGAGCGGGUGGAUAAAGACUCCCCUCGCCGCACGGAUGAUGUCUAUGCUGGGAUCCCUCUUGACUCUCAGACUAUCUUCUCAUACCAAGGCAAGUUCUACUUCUGCCAGGACCCCUUCUGCUGGCAAAUGACACCCCGCCUCCAAGUGGACCGGGUGGGCUACCUGAAGUAUGAUGUCCUGAAGUGUCCUGAAGAGUAGGGCUGGACCCCAGCCCCAGGGACCCGCCCCAGGGACCCGACGGCAACUGCUGCAGGCGACUGGUGCCAGCCGUGAGCCGAUAAGGGACACUUGCCCAGGCGGAGGCUGCGGUAGAGCCAACUCCCCAGCUCCCGUGCCUCUUCUGCCACCUGCCAGCUUACCCCGAGCCAUCUGUUUUCACAAAAACCUGCUGGUGCAGAGGCAGACAGCCUGCUUGGUCACAGUCCUGCUGCAAUGUGCAAAGGACUCUCUGGACUUGGGGGCAAGAGGGGGAGUUUCCCAGUGGCCAAUGAAGACUCCAUCUCACACACACACACACACACACACACACAGCCCCCUCCCAUCUCUCUCAUGUGGCAGCUUUUGCAUAUGGCACAUUUGAAAUAAAGCGACUCUUGCCCACUGAAA